GUCUCUUCCCAUGCAUGCAUAUAUCUCCUCCUUCCAUCCAUAGCCAUGUCACUCACAAAUGUACUCCCAGAGGGCACAAAGCUCACCGUAUCCACAACCCUCCCUGGCUCCUCCAAGAAACACCUCCUGUCUCCUUCCUCCUCCUCAGGCGAAAACCCACCAUGGUCAUCUACAGCCCCAUCUUCUCUCCAACUCUCUUUCCCGGCACCGGUAGCCGCCACGCACGUCGCAUUCACUUUUCAAGGUGGAUUUGUGGGCACUAGUGUGAGUGUGUGGGUCGCAGAGGAAAAGGACGCGGAGAAGGAAGGUGUGAUCAGAUUGGGCUUGGAGUUGGGUGGGAAGGUUUAUCCAGAGGAUAGGAACAAGAGGCAGAUCUUUGAGAUCCCCUUCCCUCCUUCAGGCGCUCUUCCUUCCGAGCUUGAAGCCGAGGGAGUUGCUGGUGACAAUUCUUCGGGCCUGCCUCUCUUGAAGGAGCUCAAGUUUGAGUUUGACAAGUCAUCAGACCAAUACGGCCGAAUUACUCUCUACAGUGUGGAAAUUCUUGGAUCAUCACCAUCAGCUUAGUUUAUAUGAAUCUUGAAUAUGUAGCACCUUGAAUGCAAAGCCGUAUGCACGUUACAGUGUGAUGAU